CAAGUGUCAGUGAAACACAGGUGUACGAAGGGUUAUCAAAAGCAAGGGGCUUCUCUCCUUUUCUGAAAAAAGAUUAAUUUUAUUAAUUAAAUAAAAUAAUGAGAUUAAAUAAAAGAACAUAAUAAAUAAAAAAAUUUAUUAUUCCAAAUGGAGUAUCCACGUGCAAUUUUUUUAAUAAUUUGCACUGAAUUUUGCGAAAGAUUUUCCUUUUGUGGAAUGAGAACGUUGCUUUCACUAUAUCUUCGUAAUGUUUUAUUAUUUCAAGAAAAUGAAUCAACAGUGAUUUAUCAUAUUUUUAUAAUGUUUUGUUACCUGAUUCCCAUAAUAGGAGCAAUACUUGCAGACAGUUAUUUAGGACGAUUUAGAGGAAUGACAUUCAUUGGAUUAUUUUUAAUCGCUUGUGGCACUGGAGGAAUAAAACCUUGUGUGGCAGCGUUUGGAGGAGAUCAAUUUCACUUGCCAUUGCAAGAAAAAUAUCUCCAACAAUUUUUUUCCAUUUUUUAUUUUACCAUUAACUUUGGUGGACUCGUUGGAAUGAUUUUAAUUCCAGUCUUAAGGAAAUAUAUUAACUGCUUUAAUGACAAUAGUUGCUAUGCUCUUGGUUUCGGAUUUCCUGCAGCAUUAAUGAUAAUUUCAUUAUUUCAAAAACACUGGUUGGAUAAUUCACAAGAAAAAUUUUCUCAAAAAUUAAUAUCUGAUAUAAAAAUAGUGUUGGCAGUUUUAUAUUUAUACAUUCCUUUGCCCAUAUUUUGGAGUCUUUUCGAUCAACAGGGAUCGCGAUGGACAUUUCAAGCUUCAAGAAUGAAUGGUUAUAUUUGGAAUUUACAAAUUUUACCCGAUCAGCUACAGGUUAUAAAUCCUGCACUAGUUUUAUGUUUGAUUCCGAUAUUUGACAAGGGAAUAUAUCCAAUUUUCAAUAAAAUAUGUAGACUGCAUUCAGCCUUAAAUCGUAUGAUUAUUGGUGGCAUAUUUGCUGGAUUUGCAUUUAUUACCAGCGGCUUUUUGGAAUUACAAUUAGAAUUUCAGAAAUUGUACACAAUGACUCCACCAAAUGAAAUUCACAUUCUGUGGCUUUUCCCACAAUAUUUUCUAAUUUCAGUGGCGGAAAUUAUGUUCGCCAUUUCCGGAUUAGAAUUUUCAUUUACGCAAGCACCAAAAAGUAUGAAAACUAUAACAAUUGCUGCUUGGUAUUUGAGUGUUGCCAUUGGCAAUUUAUUGGUGAUAAUUAUAAUUCAAUCACGAUUUUUUCAAAGUCAAGCAAACGAAUUUUUUCUAUUCGCUGGAUUAAUAAUGCUCAAUAUGCUAAUUUUUGCACUUAUGACAAGACGAUAUAAAUUUGUAUUAAUCGAAGCGGAUUCAAGCAAUGAGCCUCUAAUUAAUAACAAGAGCAAAAAAAUAGAAAGAGAUUUUGAACCUUUCUGA